AUGGCUUCUGGUGGAGGGAGGACGUACAAAGAGCUGAUAGUGUGCAUUCUGGUGUUAGUGGGACGCGAGGUGCUCGGGGGGCGCCGCGCACUAGCCCGAGUCGAAACGAUAUUUACGUCGGGAGGCAAGUACUACUGGCAACACGGAAGAGAUGUGCUGGUGGCUGGCGAGGAGACCGAGCUGGAGGUGUGGGGCUCGGGGCUGUCGCGGGGGGUGGAGGCAGGGCUGACGGCGGCGCGGGGGGCGGAGGGGGCGCCCUGCCGGAGCCUCAUCACGCCCCCUUUAACCCUCGUCCCUGACAGCCUCUCCUACACCCACGCCACCUUCGUCGUCCCGGCGCCCUUCACGGAGAACAUACCCCUCACGGGCAAGAUGGAACUGUGGCUGUGCACGCGCGACCUGCGCCCUCACGCCGGGAACGGGCGGGCUCGGCAUGUGGGCGGCUGGGUGCACCAAGGGCCGCCCUCGCACCUUACGCUCGUGCACAACACCCGCCGCAACGCCCACAGGUUGAGCCUGCGCAGCGUGGAGCGGCCGCCGCCCGAGGACGAGGCCCUCGCGGGCGCCUCCGUCGCCCCUGAGAGCUCCGCUAACGCCACCGCCCCCGCCCCAGGCGAGGGCGCGGCCGCCGGCGGGGACGACCAGGGCGCCGCGGAGGCCAGCGAGGCCGUGACGGAGGGCCACACCGAGGCGGCGCCUGGAGAGAGUGUAACAGUGCGCGGGGCCGCGGGCGAGGGGGCAGCCGAGGGCCAGGGAGGGGUCAAGGGACCGGUGGCGGGGGGGAGUGAGCGCGGCGCCACGAGCGAGCGCAGCGCAGAGAGUGCGACGAGUGUGACCAAAGCCUCGGCGGACAACAAGAGCGCGAAGGACAGCGCGAAGGAGGAGGAGAAGGCGAGCGCGCCGCCGCCCGCAGAGCGCAUGCUCGGGGACGACCCCGAGGGCGCCCCGGCCCGCGACGAGAGAACUAGCGCCGACGGCGCAAAGCCCGAGGGAAAGAUCACAGACAAGCCAAGAACUAGUGCGGGCGCGCGCGCGGGCAGUGCGGACGAGGACCUGGAGAGCCUGGGCCUUGCGGACGACAUGAUGAGUCUCAUGAAGGAGGAGGGGCCGGCCGUGCCCGUGGCGGCGCCGGAGGAGACCCGCGUCUCGGACGCCGCCAGCGCCGCCGCCGCCGCCGCCACCACGGAGGGCCCCGUGGCCCCCGCGCCGCCGCCUGCGGCCGGCUCCUCGGGCCGCCUGAUCAAGGUGACGGGGCUGCGUGUGGAGCAGCACUCGAAGGGCAUCGCGUACGACGACGACCUGGCCGGCACCGUCCUGGCCGACGCCGACGCCCAGGUGCGCCUGUUCGGCGUGGGCCUCACCAAGUCCACGGGGCUCCAGUUCACGGCCAACGAAGGCGAUUACGGCGACUCCUGCAGCACGCACACCACGCGCGAGUUCGAGGUGACGAAGGUGGGCGACGGGUGGGCGGAGGCCGUGAUCCAGCUGCCGCCCAUGAGCAGCAAGCAGAGCCACUGGUACCUCUGCGUCAGGGAACAUAAGAAUGAGGACUACUACCAUCAGGGAAGAGACUCGUGGAUUACCAUGACGUCGUAUAAUCUCCUGUUGCCUUUGUGGAUCCAGGUCCUUCUGCUGCUCGUGCUGCUGAUCCUCUCGGGUCUGUUCUCGGGGCUGAACCUGGGCCUGAUGGCGCUCGACAAGACGGAGCUCAAGAUCGUGUCCAACACGGGCUCGCCCUCCGAACGCCGCUACGCCCGCGCCAUCGAGCCUGUCCGCCGCCACGGGAACUUCCUGCUGUGCACGCUCCUGCUGGGGAACGUGCUCGUCAACUCCACGCUCACGAUCCUGCUGGACGAGCUGUCUUCGGGCCUCAUCGCCGUCAUCGGGUCCACCGCCGGCAUCGUCGUCUUCGGAGAGAUCAUUCCGCAGGCCAUCUGCUCGCGCCACGGCCUGGCCAUCGGCGCGCGCACCGUGUGGCUCGUGCGGGUGUUCAUGGUGCUCACGGGCCCCGCCUCCUACCCGAUCUCCAAGGUGCUGGACUUACUGCUGGGUGAGGAGAUCGGCAACACCUACAACAGGGAGCGCCUCAUGGAACUCAUUAAGUGCCUGACCUCUCCUUCAAGAGCUCUCGCCGGCCCUGUUGACCUCCGAUGGUGUGAGUGUCAGGGGCAAGGAUCCAAGACUAAAAUAUUGGAAAUGAUUGAACCAUUGGCGAGAGUCAAACGACCGGACAGCGACAAGGACAGUCUAACGGGGGCGAGGGAAGCCUUCUCUCGUGAUAAGCGGGGCUCUAUCAGCUGA